AUGUCUUCUAAUAUCGAAUAUUUUAAAAAAUUUUCUACUGAAUAUCCAAAUCCUUUUAAUUACUUUUAUAGCAAGAUUCGGUUAGAAACAUUUACAUAUGAUAAGUCUGUAGAGCAUAUGGACUAUAAAAAGGUUCUUAUAGAUUCUAUAAAUAAUGACUUUCCUAAAAAAGAACAACUUCUCAAGGCAAAACGUGACUGGGUAAUGAAUAAAUAUAAAUCUAUUCUUCAAGAUUGGUGGAAAAUCCCAAAAGAAUUUCAUGAAAUAAUUGCGAGGUUUUCCGACAAUUAUGAUGAUCAUGAUAAUAAUUUGAACGAAAAAGUAAUUAAUAGCGACGAAGAUAGUUAUAAUUCGAAAGAUAAUGCUGAUGAUAAUAUUGGCGAGAAAAAGGAUUCGAUUGCUUCAAUUGAUGAUAUAGGAGAUACCACAAGCGAGGAAUCUGAAGAUUUUUCUUUAGUAGAAUUUAACAGCUAUGAGAUUAAAAAGGACGCCAAAAAAUUUUAUAGUUGCUUAGAAAUGUUUUUGAAUCAACUGGAAUGUGCUUGGGAACUACCUUUGUAUAUACAAAAAUCUUCUAAAAUUAACGAAAGUUCAUAUUCGCAUCAAGUGAUUAAGUCUGUUUGUGAUUUAUUAUUGUAUAACAUUAAAGGGGUCAAUAUCGAAUAUAAUGGACAGUCCGGACCAACACGUCUUCCCGACUUAAUGGUAUCUAAGAGUUUUAGAUCACCUAAUUAUAAAUGGGAAUUCAUGUUUUGUGAAAUAAGCAAUGGACCGUAUGCACUUGAUUGGGACCAUUAUUGGGGAGAUGAAUUACGACUUGGAAAAUUUUCGAAAGACUCAUGGAAUAAUGUAUAUCUCUUAACUCAGGGAAUCGAUGCCUCGGAUCAAUUAUUAAAGGAGAUGAUGGAUGAAUUGAACCAUGUGAUGAUACAUUUUUAUGGAACAAAAAUGGAUAUAUAUAUCUUAGAUCUCAUUAGAGAUACCACUCAUAAACAGCAACGAACGAAGGACAAUACAAAUGGUAAAUAA